AUGGCGGUAGUUAGCGCUGGGUUUGCGGUACUGUGUGUCGGUAUUCUUGUUUAUGGAGUUCUGGACAUUUUGACAAAUUUUGAAGAAAACAAAUGUGAAAUGACGUUCAUGUUUGAAAUGCCAGAAUAUGUGAACAUUCCCUUUGGAGAUGAGGUGAAGAAAACCUAUCCCAGAUAUGGGCUGUAUGUGUAUGGGGAAGGGGAUUAUGCCAGAUAUGUAAGUGACAUGAAUCUUCAGGGAGUACCUGUCCUCUUCAUUCCUGGCAAUGCUGGUAGUCACAAACAAGCCCGAUCCCUAGCAUCAGUGGCAUUAAGACGUGUUGAGGAAAAAAAACCUAACUUCCAUUUCAAUUACUUCACAGUGGAUUUAAAUGAGGAGAUGAUGGGUCUGUAUGGUGGGACAUUACAGGACCAGACCGAAUUUGUUCACUUGUGCAUGACAAAGAUCUUGACACUGUAUGGAGAAGCUCCCAGUCCCCCCUCAUCAGUAAUACUAGUCGGACACUCUAUGGGCGGAAAUAUUGCACGAGCAUUAUUCACACUUCCAGAUUUUGACCCCAGUCUAGUGUCUGUUAUCAUCACACAGGCAACCCCUCACCAAGGUCCUGUUAUUCCCUUUGACAUGAAACUCUCCACAUUCAUGACAACAGUGAACAAUUACUGGGUAGAUCACAGUAACAGCAGCUUAAGUCAUGUGACCAUUGUGUCAACUGGCGGGGGUCACCGGGAUGUCCUUGUCAGGAACAGCUUUACCUCCCUUAAAGGGAUAGUUGAUGAGUCCAAUGGAGUAUACACAUCAACCAUGUCUGUCCCUAAUGCUUGGGUGUCCACCGACCACCUGUGUGCUGUGUGGUGUCGACAGAUGGUGCUAGCAACUACACGGGCCUUGUUUGACAUCAUCGACCCCAAAACGUCUCAGGUUAGCACUGACAAAACCUUGAGGAUGAAUGUAUUCCGACAUCACUUCCUGUCCCAUUCUGGAACCUUGCAGUACACUAAACAAUUUCAAAGGGAAAUAACUCUUAACUCCGCCAUAAAGUGGGUUGAGAAGACAGAGAAAUUGUGGGAGUUUGCGAGGGCUAAGGUGCAUAAGACACAUUAUAUAGCUGUACCUAUCCGUAGAGAUGGUGUUGACUCCCUGGUUGCCAUCAGUGAUGUGUUAACUAAAGACUGGAUCUGUGCUUGUAAGCUGAAGGAAGGAGAAAAACAAUGCAAAAAGUGUACCAACCUUUCUGACAGAGGACAGCUUGUACCACCAAGUAAUUCAGGGAGAAAGGUUGUCCAUCUGGCAUUAUCAGAACUGGCAGAUAUGACACAUGUCAUCUUAAUUGUUCCGGAAUCUUUUGACAAGGUUGAGGUGAUGGUUGACCUGUACAAUCAGGGCGAGCGCCAUCUUGCCUACCGUAUGCCUGGGUUUAUAGACAUCAUGAUGACCUAUCCUGAAAGUAUCACUAAAAGUGCCAGCACAUUGACCCUGUAUAAUGACACCUUGUUCUACAGCCUGACACUGCAAGGCAUUGACACCUUACUGAAGGCCUACCGAGUCUAUCUGCGACCAAAGAACUGUAUCAAACAGAGCAGUCCUGAAUUGCACACUGGUAGUAUGAUGAUGUUUCACGUCCCUUGGAGUAAUGAGGACACAUAUUCCUUUAACAGAAAUGACCAGGUUGGUAGCUUAGCCUUGAAACUACAGAGUGGUAUGCCUAUGAAUGAGAAUGAUGGUGACCUAGAGCUGCGCGUCUACAUUGAUCCUUCCUGUACCUACCAACUGGACUUUGUAGCUGCUCCCUCCGACAUGCUGGGACAGCUGGUAAGAUUCUAUGGCCCUCUCCUUCCUGCAUACAUGGUAGCUGUAUUACUACUGGGCCUGAUACAACAGCUCUUCAUCAUCACAAGGGAUGGUAGUUGUCCAAGUAUUCUGGACGCCAUUGCAGCCAAUGCCCAGCCAUUCAAACUGAUCCCAGUAGUGAUGUUGUGUCUGGGACUUCUUCAGCACCCAAGUAUACAAGAAGCCAGUCGAGUGGUCAGACUACCAGAGUUGGACAUUCUGUUUCUCAAUAACCAGGGAAUAAACCUACGUUUCCUGCCGAUAUUGCUGUUCUUCAUUUCUGUUGGCCUAGUUAAUUUCCAGUGCUUUGUCAUCACAAAGGUGUUAGCUGUUGUUAGCACUGUGGCAGGUGUUCUCUUUACCAGAUUAUUGGGAAAUAUGGAGUCUUUAUGGAGAAAUGUGGAGAUAUUCCUGGUGGGCUUUGCUAUAGUAAAUUCAGCCGUCAUCUGUAGUUCUCUUGGAAUCCUUAUAAUUUAUUUUGUUAUUUUUAUUAAACUACUGACAUUAAAAUACCAGUCUCGAGGGUCAGUUGGGGAAUUGAGCAGAUUCCACUUCUACUUCUCUGUAUACCUGUUGUGGCUUUGGAUUCUUGUCAUUAGUGUACCGGUCUUAAUCACCUGGGCCAAAAAUACCAAAUAUUCCGUACUACUCUAUGGUGAUCCUAACCUUGUUCCAGCCACAUUGGGGGUUAUAGCAGUAGGAACAAUAAUACUUCUAGACAACCCUCUCCCUCAAAGAAUAAACUACAGAAUGUGGUACUUCCUUAUCUAUGGUGGAGCUGUGGUAAUGCUGUUGUAUGGCACUGUGUCAUUAUUCCGUGUUCCCUACAUCAUUGUGUUUACACUGUCUCUCAUAGCCAUCUGUCAGGCCAUGUGUAGGAUAAACCCACCCAAACAAACCAGUCCCAACGACAUCAACCAAUAAACAGCCAGCUUACAAACACUGUGUGGUCACAAAAAGCCAACCACAGAAAAUAUUGUUUCAUAUUAAGUACAAUAAUUUACCAUACUUUGUUGUUUAAAUCAGGUCAUGACUCCCUGAAAACCACAGUAUAGCAAUGUGUUGAAGGAUUUUCAUAUGACAAAAAAAAUUUUGAAUAAAGAUCAAAUAACUAUUUGAAAUAUAGAUAUGACACUUUGAUAUACACAUACAUGACAUUCAAUGCUUUGUUCAAGCAAAAUUUUUAUGAAUUUGCCUUUAAUAUUUCUAUUUUAAAUUCCAGUUAUAUUUUGUAGAGAUGAAGUUUCA